AUGUCAAAAAUAGAUGUGUAUCACAUGAUGAUUGUUUCCAAAUAUUUUUCAACAAUAUACGACUUUAUAUCGAUUGAAUUUGUCUGCAAAAAGUAUAAUGGUAACAUGGAAAAGUUUCACUUUAAUCCAAUUGCACUUACAAACAAAACAAUAAAAUAUUUUAAAUCAAUUGAAACGCUGAAUUUAUACACCAAAAAUGAUGAAACUUUUGGAAGUACUUUUGAUUCAAAUAAUACCAAAGAAAAUUCAUUCAAUAAAAAAGAAUUUUACAAAGUAAAUGUUUUAUACCCAGUUGACUAUGACAAAGCUUAUCAACACAAAAUUUCCACUUUUGUUUUCAGAGAUGUGUGUUACACUAAAACAAACAGAAUAAUGUUCGGCGACUCUAUUCCGUGCACCAACAACAUUAGAAUAACAAGACUUGGAAACGAUGUGUAUUUUGGCUGUGACUUGAUGACUUCCAUACACAUUCCCACAACCAUUUCUAUAAUUGGGAAUAACGCAUUUAAUGGUUGUGAAAAAAUUUCGUCGAUUGAGCUUUCUGAAAACGUAAAAAAUUUUGGGAUUAAUGCGUUUGGUAUGUGUUUAUCUUUACUUGAAAUAAAAAUUCCAAAAUUAGUCAAAAUCAUUCCAAAGUGGUGUUUCGCUGAGUGCAUCAAACUUUCACGCGUAAACCUUUCAGAGAAUUUAAUUGAAAUUGGAGAAGAAGCGUUUUUCAAUUGUCACUCUUUACAAUCAAUAAAAAUUCCAAGUGGAGUUUCUUAUAUUGGACAAUCUGCGUUUAAUGAAUGUGAAAAGCUGAGUGAAAUUAUAUUGCCAAAGAGUAUUUCGGACAUAUCAUAUGGCUGUUUUGCAGGGUGUUCAACUCUCACUAAAAUUGCUAUUCCCGAUACAGUCAGUGUUAUAAACUCAAUGAGUUUCUUUCAAUGUAAGAAUUUGCAGAUUUUGGAAUUGCCAAAAAAUCUGCAAGUGAUUGGAAACGAGGCAUUUGGCGGAUGCACAUCACUUGUUAGUAUCACGCCAUACGGUACAAUUAUAUCGUAA